UUCUACAACUACUAUAUAAGAAGAGGUAAGCAUACAACAUAGGUUUCAAGAAAAUAUUGCUUCCUCUUUCACAACUCAUGUCCCCAAAAUCUCUCUUGCAUUUCUCAUGAACUUCGGAUUUGUAUUAGGUUUCUACUGCUGGGAUUGGGGUUUCUUAACUGCCCUUCUUCUCUUCUCCACUACAUCAUAAUUAGUCACCUUUUCUCCUUUUUAUUUAAGCAUUUGAAAUCCCAAAAAUAGAAAAGGGUUCAAUCUAUUUUCUAGCCUCUUUUUUUUUUUGGUUAUAUUUCUUAAUGGGGGAGUUAGAGGAUCAAAGUGAAAGGACUUUGUUAGAGUAUGUGAGGAAGGCAUCAACAGCACCUUUCUUGCUGAAAACUUACAUGUUGGUGGAGGAUCCGGAGACGGACGAUGUCAUUUCUUGGAACGCCGAUGGAUCGGCGUUUAUAGUCAGGCAGCCCGCAGAGUUUGCCAGAGAUUUGCUUCCAACGCUCUUCAAACAUAGCAACUUUUCCAGCUUUGUCCGGCAGCUCAAUACCUAUGGUUUUCGCAAAAUUGCAACAAGCCGGUGGGAAUUUAGCAACGACUUAUUUCGCAAGGGAGACAAGGAUUUACUAUGUGAUAUUCGUCGGAAGAAAGCAUGGACAAACAAACAACAACCUAAUAAUAAAAAUAAUAAGAAAGAAAGUACAGAUGAAGAUCAAAGGUCAUCAUCAUCAACUUCUUCUUCAUCAUCAUCAGAGUACAAUAGCCUUGUUGAUGAGAACAAAAGGCUAAAAAUGGAAAAUGGAGUAUUAAGCUCUGAGCUUUCAUUAAUGAAUAAGAAAUGCAAAGAACUUAUUGAUAUAGUGGCCAUGUUGGCUGAAAAUUCAGAGGAAGAAGAAGAAAAGGAAGGGCAAAAAGGUAAGAGGCCAAUGUUGUUUGGGGUGAGGCUAGAAGUUGAAGAAGAGACGGAAAGGAAGAGAAAAAGAGUUGAAUUUAAUGAAAUGGUGAGUGUUUUUCUCUCCCAACUAUGCAAAUGAAACAGGAAAAAAGAGGGUAACAAAAGGAAAGGAAAGGAAUAAUAGAGUUCGAGUAUUAAAAAUA